CAGCCCGGUCCGAGGCAGCAGAGUGUCGGGAUCUCCAGCAGCUCCGCUACGUAUAUUUUCACUGACCCUUCGUUUCAGAGCUUCAUUCAUCCCAGUGAGAGCUGGUGCUCGGUCUCUGUCCUUCCAUCCAGCUGAACACGUCCCCUCUCCCAUCCAGCGGUGCGCUGCGUCCACAUCUGCAUCCGGGAAGGUCAGACGCAUCUUCUUUUUUUUUUCUAAUCGGCGGACCUGACAACUUUUAUUUUUGUAAAUUCAUCUCCAGAUCAGCGUUGUAUCAUCGGGACAUUGUUACUGCAUCCAGCGGGCUCUGACACUCCUGUACGGAUGGCUGACCUCGGAGCUCAUUGAUUGGCUCGCCGAGCUUUGCUGAUCGCAGCUGCCGUGAUGGCCAAAAGCCCGGAGGUGAAGCUGGCCAUGUUCGGGAGAGCGGGGGUGGGAAAGUCAGCUUUGGUGGUGAGAUUUCUAACCAGACGCUUCAUCUGGGAGUACGACCCAACACUUGAAUCUACAUAUCGGCAUCAAGCCAACAUUGAUGAUGAGGUUGUUUCCAUGGAGAUUCUGGACACUGCAGGGCAGGAGGAUAUCCAGCAGAGGGAGGGUCACAUGCGUUGGGGGGAUGGAUUCAUCAUAGUCUAUGACAUCACAGACAGGGGAAGCUUCGAGGAUGUGGCACCUCUUCGGAGUCUCCUAGAAGAGGUGAAGAAGCCGAAGAAUGUCCCUCUGGUUCUAGUGGGAAACAAGUCAGACCUGGACCAUGUCCGGCAGGUUGGCACAGAGGAAGGCGAGCGGCUGGCAGCUGAGAUGGCGUGCGCCUUCUAUGAAUGCUCAGCAUGUGCCGAUGAGGGUGGUGUGGUGGCCGAGGCUUUUCACGAGCUCUGCCGCGAGGUGAGGCGCCGGAAGGCCGUGCAGGGCAAGGCCAGGCGCCGCAGCUCCACCACACAUGUCAAACAGGCCAUCAACAAGAUGCUGACGAAGAUCAGCAGCUAGGGGAGACCCACAAAAUAGUCUGAUCACACAAGAACAAAAAUAUAUACAUUUUUGUAAAUAUUGCAAUGUGUUCUUUGCUUGUUCUAUAAUAAUGUUCCAUCAAAAGAUCCAAAUUGCAGCUUCUCAACAUUGCACUCUCCAAUUGUAAAUGUUUAUUAUUAUUUCUUGCCCAAAUUUGGAGCUCAUUUGGAUCAACGUUAUACUGGAGACAGAUGAGAUACGAGAUGGUUUGUGAUGAAUCAUUAAUAUUAUGAAGUUCUCAACUUUUAAUCCUCUCAUUUAACUCUUUGAAUAAAUAAAUACUCAAGAGGGCAUUGUGAAACUUGCAUGCAAACUCUCUCUUUUAGCAUGCAGCAAAUCAAAGGCUUUUCUGACGAGAAGAUUCCUAUCUGUAUUUUGUCUGUAGGGGGAUAUUGUGAUGUGCUUCGGCCCAUGUGUUUGUGUCAGCAAUGGAAAAUAAGGUCAGAUAACUACUAUUAGAUUAAAGUAGAUCCACUGUCCUUUACCCACGUCAACUCUGAAUAUUUACCAGAGUUGUCAACAUCCUGUCCUUCAAGCAAAUGUUGUAACAAAGUCUACUACGUUCUGUCGACUUCAACUGUUCUGCAGUGGACUGCGGCUCCCGGUGUUGGGCUAAGACAUGUUAACAAGAUCUUAUGCCUCACAGAAACAAAGCACAGAUUAAAAAGCAUGUCGAGGCUCAUGGGAGAAAAUUUUCUGCAGUUUUAUCGAAACCUACGAAAAGAAGCAGAUGCUGUCCGUCCUAACAUGGCCACAUUCCAGGGAGGCUCUUCAUGGCUCUAAUGUUAAUACUGUAAACUACAGUGUGAGAUAGAAUAUUGCCUUAAGCACUGCUGUGUCUUAGGUGUGUACAGAACCCAAAGAAAUAUACUGUAGUUCAAACUGUAACUGUUGUAAUAUCUGUCUCAAGUGUGUGACCUGUCUCUGAAAAAAACAACCAGCUGUUCACUUUCAAUUAAAACCAUUAUAUCCCAGA